AUGGAUAGCGAGAUAGUGGGAAUAGUCAUAGCACUUUUGCUAUGGGUUAUAUGGGCAAUGGUGACCGAGCGUCGCCACCGUCGUGUGGAAGAGCUAAGGCAACUACCACCAGGACCAAAAUGGUGGCCAGUUGUUGGGAACAUCUUUCAAUUGGGUUUGAUUCCACACGUAUCAUUUGCCAAAUUGGCAAAUAAACAUGGCCCCAUCAUGACUUUAUGGCUAGGCUCAAUGUGUACCGUGGUGGUCUCUUCCAAUGAAGUGGCUCGCGACAUGUUCAAGAACCACGACGUCGUUCUUGCGGGAAGAAAAAUCUAUGAGGCCAUGAAAGGUGAGUAUGGAACUGAGGGGUCUAUUAUAACAUCUCAAUAUGGUCCCCAUUGGCGUAUGUUGCGGCGUUUGUGUACCACUGAGUUCUUUGUGUCUAGCCGUCUUGACGCUAUGCGAGGUGUGAGGAGUCGGUGCAUCGAUCGCAUGGUACAGUAUGUAGAAGACGCCAGUUCGUGUGGUACCAAUGCCAUUGAUGUUGGGAGAUUCGUUUUCUUGAUGGCUUUUAAUUUGAUUGGAAAUCUUAUAUUUUCGAAGGAUUUACUAGACCCCAAAUCAGAAAGAGGGGCCAAUUUUUUUUACCAUGCAGGUAAAGUUAUGGAGUUUGCUGGCAAACCAAACGUUGCAGAUUUCUUGCCAAUAUUAAGAUGGCUUGAUCCUCAAGGUAUAAGGAGGAAAACCCAGUUCCAUGUUGAUCGAGCCUUUGAAAUCGCUGGAGGGUUCAUUCAAGAAAGGACCGAGAGUAACAAAGAGUUAAAUAAAAAAGAUUUUCUGGAUGUGCUUUUGGAAUUUCGUGGUGAUGGACUUGAGGAGCCAUCUAAAUUUUCUUCACGAACCAUCAACGUUAUCGUGUUUGAGAUGUUCACAGCAGGAACUGACACAACAACAAGCACAUUGGAGUGGGCAAUGGCUGAGCUACUUCACAACCCAGAGAAACUAAGGAAAGUCCAGGAUGAGCUGAGGAGCACCAUUGGCCCCAAAAAAAAGAUUGAAGAGAAAGACAUUGAAAAACUUCCAUACCUUAAAGCAGUCAUAAAGGAAACACUGAGACUUCACCCACCAUUACCUUUCUUAGUUCCACACAUGGCCAUGGACUCGUGCAACAUGUUGGGCUACUAUAUUCCGAAGGAGACACAAAUUCUAGUGAACGUUUGGGCAAUAGGACGUGACCCAAAAACUUGGAAAGACCCUUUAGUGCUCAAGCCAGAGAGGUUCUUGGAAAAGGACAAGGCUGAUUACAAGGGGCAUCAUUUUGAGUUUAUACCAUUUGGGUCUGGGCGUAGAAUGUGUCCAGCCAUGCCUCUUGCUUCUCGUGUGCUUCCGCUAGCACUAGGGUCGCUUUUGUACUCAUUUGAUUGGAAGUUGGCAGAUGGGAUUAAGCCUGAAAACAUGGAUAUGAGUGAACGAAUGGGUAUAACGCUUAGGAAAGCUGUUCCAUUGAAGGCCAUACCACUACCUUACAAGGGUUAUUAG